UUGCUCGUUUUGUUCUUCAGGAUCUUAUCCUUUCCUCAGCAAUCGAAUCGAGACCCAUACAAUUUGUUGCGCAUUUGUUUGUCUGCUGCGUAUUAGGGUGCCGAUAGCAGCUUCUUGUCCAAAACUUUUGAUGGAUUGAUGAGUUGCCGUGUAAUCUUGAUUCUGCGAUCGGUAGACAUCCUUCGUCGGUUGAUUGGAUUACUGAAGAAAAUAUGUGAGCUCGCCUGCAAACCGGAAGAUGUGGUCUGGGAGGGGGCUACGCGGUCCACCUUCUGCGAUGUCGAUGCCUCCGAGGCUUCUGUUCGCACAGAGAACAUGCAAAAAUCUGUGCCUGCUCACGGGGUUAGGAGAGUGUCUCUGUGUGGUGGAGCCCCUGGGUGCAGGGCCUGUCAAUAAUUAAGAUGCUCUGUACUGCAUAGCUCUUUUCAUUUGGCAUUUGUGUUUUGUCAUAGGGUCCUGGGGUGGGUUCUUAGCAUACAAAAUGAUCCUAUUGAUCUGAACAAAUUCAUGAUGCACCGAGUGUUCUAACAUUGGAUAGGUUCACGAUAAUCUGACCUAUGUCAUUAUGUGCUUCAGUCUUUUUCUCUCUUUUGCGUCAAACUGAAUAGUUUUGGAUUUAGUUUAUUUCAGUUGAAUGUUAAUCGAUGUGCACCUGAUCUGUAGGGAAUGCUUUUCUGUAGUAAUAGUUGAACAUAUUCACAACUCAUUGGCAGCUAUGUGAUUCAAAAGAAACUGUGCACGCUUUGGACUUCUGCUAUAUAUACUUAAUAACAUGGAUUUUUUGACCACAUGCAUCCUUCUGGAAUUGUCUAGUUCCUAAACCCUUCUUUCAGACUGGCAGAUAUCAAGAGGUCAUACACAUCUCACACCUCAAAGUGGGUGUGGGUCUGCAACAAUCCUUCAAGCAACUUAUCCUUGCCUUUGGGAGUAAAUCCAACUUACAUUUGGAGACUGCGCCGAGUGUUGGAGGGUCUUUUUGUUGAUUACGGUUAAUUCCCAACAGCAGCUGAGAUGUAACAAUUUGCAGAGCUGACUUCUCUGGUUAGCAAUGUGAUUGGUUCGAUAAUGUUUUUGGUGUGUUGGUGAUCACAGCCAUCUGGUGUAAGCUCAGUUGACAUCAAAGUUGAUUUCUUAUGGUUAGGUUCCUUUGCUUUUCAUCCUCUACUGCACAACACAGAUCAAAGGAGAUCUUUUCGCCAGUAGAUAAAACCAUGCUUACCGCUUCAAAGAAGGAUUCUUGGGAUCAAGCAGUGAAGUCCGCCACUGGGUCAGCUAGUCCAAACCAGAUGACAGAUGCAAAUAAUCGUUCAGCUGUUAGUGGGCAUUAUGGCAGUAGUCCAUCAUCUCAUCAAGAAUGCUGGAGGUCAGAAGAUUUGAAUAGAUCUACAUGCUCUGAUGAUGCCAAGGAGGUUGGGCACCUAAAGAAGAGUCAGUCUCUUGGAAACAUGCUUCAAAAGGAUCAUGAUCAUAGUUAUAGUGAAGGCACUGAGUGUGAUAUUAUAGACCAUGAUUACAAAUGCCACCGCUCUAGUUUCAAGAUCAGUACAGAUGUUGGAGAAUCUACUAAGUUGUGCAGCACGAAAAAUGAGGAUGCUUUUGAUGCCUCAUCUGACCUGAUCAGCCAUGACAUUUGUGAACCUUCAGGUGAUCAUGCCAUGGACUCCGAUAGCCAUCAAAUGUCUUAUGCCCAAAGCAAAUUUCCAAGAUCACAAUCUGCUGUGUUUCAGAAUGAUCCCAUUAGUGAUCCAGAAGGUUCUGUUGAUUCUGAGAUACUAGGGUCUCGUUGCAGAUCUUUUGAGGGUUUAUGUUCACUGAUUGAUGAGAAGGCAGACUACCUGAGUGGAAGUGAAAUGCAUUGUGGACCUUCUUCUCCAGAUGUAUACCGGACAUUAAACACGGGGAAUGGUUCAGUUGGUUGCUCUGAAGCUGCUGAAGAGGGUCAACGGUCCACUGGAAGUGCAGAAGAAAAUUUUGUCAGGGAUGGGAUGCUAGUAGGUCAUGAAUACUGGGAUGUCAAAUACAUCAGUGGUGACCACUCAGUUGAUCCAGUUGCCCCUUUCUGUGCUGAUUCAGGGGAUGUCUGUCACCAUUCUGGCAAUGAUGGUGGCCUCGGUGAAGCUAUGGUUCAACAGAGAGAAGAGAAGCUGUGGAACAGAGAUAGCACACUCCAGCACCAAUCGCUUGUUGUCGAAGUGCCUGACUCAAGGAACAUGUCUAGUACAAAGGACAUUUGUGGUGAAGCUGAACAUAAUAAAACUGAUAUUGAUGGGGACCCAGCUGAACUUACUCCAAGAACUUAUAGCAUUAAAAGAAUCGAGGAUUGGAUCAACCAAAUCAAUAUCGAUGAUAUCGUUGUGAAUGAACAAGGAGAAAGCUCAAUUUCUGCUUUGGCAAAAUCUAGUGAGCCAAUGGCUGGUGUUCCUGCUGUGCGGCCUGAUGCUAAAAGUCCACUUGGCAUGGAGAUAGCUUACACAUAUAUUUCAAAGUUAACUCCUACUUCAUCCUCGGCACAGUUGGCAAACCUUGGUUUGGUUGCAAUCCCAAGACUGAGUGCAUUCUCAGGCUUACGCCUAUUGAACUUAUCAGGGAACUCAAUUGUGCGAAUAACUUCUGGAGCUCUUCCGAAAGGCCUUCACAUGUUAAGCCUGUCAAAUAAUUACAUCUCAACAAUCGAAGGCCUUAGAGAAUUAACACGUUUGCGCUUGCUGGAUAUCAGCUAUAAUAGGAUAUCUAGAAUUGGCCAUGGUUUGGCCUCCUGUUCCUCGUUGAAGGAGUUAUAUCUGGCUGGUAACAAGAUAAGUGAGGUCGACGGUCUUCACCGUCUUCUGAAGCUUAAGGUCCUGGACUUGCGCCACAACAAGAUUUCUACAUCCAAGGGCCUUGGUCAGCUAGCUGCGAAUUACAAUUCUCUAGAAGCCAUUAACCUAGACGGCAAUCCGGCCCAGAAGAAUGUAGGUGAUGAACAUCUGAGGAAGUAUCUGUUAGGUCUCUUGCCAAACCUUGUUGUCUACAACAAGCAGCCUAUAAGAGCAACUGGCUCAAAAGAGGUCUCUGACCGUCAUUCCCGCAAAAUAUCUUCUUCCCAUCGUUCUGAUCGCGGUGUUAGAUCGGAUCGCAAAUCUUCCAGGCUGGUGGCUGCCACAUCUUCUCACAAGUCACAGAGUUCACGUCAUGCUCGUUCUGGCUAUGCCUCAGGCUCAGGCUCUUUGCUGAAGCAUUCAAGGGGGCGAAGCAUUCCCAUGCCAUUGCUGGGAUCAAGGCCAACUGAUCAUGCGAGUGGUGCAGAUCUGGCCAAGCAAACCCAAAUAGAGGGAAAGGCGCAAUAAGAUCAUUCAAGCGCAACGCAACUAUCUGGACCUUCAUUGUUCUGCAUAGCAAUGAAACAGGACACCAGUUUUGCUGAUAUUUGUUCUCUCUUGUGAAUAAAGCUCGAGAAACAAUAAGCUGAGCAGUGCUUUGAUAUCAUAUAAGUUCGUAUAUCGUUGAGCCCUUCGAUGACAAAUGGGGAUUGUAUCAAGUAUCAGCAUUUAUUUUUUUUGAAUAAUUCCUCCGUGUUGUCGGGGUGUAUGCUUUGAAUUUUUAUGUGGAACAAGUACCUGACGUUGGGUAAUUGAAUUUUUAUGUGCUUUGAUAUCA